GCGUUGUAGCCUUGCUGCUUUCCUUUUAUUAUCAACCUCCUCAUGUUUGCAGACAAAGAGCUCACAACUGCACAAAGACACUGCUGCUGCUCUACUAGUACUACUAGUUCAUUGACUUGCUGUUCACAAGCCCAACGGAUCACCCUCUAGCGCCCAGAGAGGGUUCACGGAUCAAAAGUUUAAAUAAACCCUGACCUAAGUCAUUUUCGACAAAGAAAAUCUCCGCCUACAAAUUCGACAAGUACUCGGAAGUUUUGCCUCUAUUUUACUUCUUUCCAUCGAUUAUCAUCAUCAUAUCGGCUGUUGAAUGUCACCUCCUGAAGGACAUGUCGGGGGUCAUCCCUCGCAUGAACCAGAUACAAACAUUACAAAUCCUGAUGCCAGACUACACUCCAAGAUCGUCGAAAUACUUUCGUCCACCAGUAAUGACUGCCUCACCGAACUGGGUUACCACCCGAGCAUGAUGGAAAAGCUACAACAAUACAUACAACGCAUUCAAACACUCGAAGGGGAUAAUGCAAGAUUGUAUCAAGACAACUGCCAGCUUACUACUCAUAUCCGAAACCUCAGUGAGCGCAUCGUGUACCUCUCUGCUAGUCCGAGCACCCAAUCCCAACAAUCCUCUACCAUGCAAGAGAGGAUAGGUACUCUUGAGGUGGACCGCAACAAUCUUAUUCGACAAAACCAGGACAUCCUCAUCAAUGCCAGCGCUGGCACUUCAAACCACCUUCUUGGCCUAGAACUGGACCGCGUGAGGACACAGAAUACUCGCGUUCUUAGAGAAUUGCACUCUCUCCAGAUCAAAUAUGCCCACCUACUCGGGCAAACGUCCCCAGGUGUAUUAUCUCCCUCAAAUUCUGUUCCUCAAAUUUCCCAACCCAGAAUCCCUACCCCUAGUGAUGUUCAUCAGCGACGUGUAUCUGCCGAGGGGGUACCCCGACACCACCCUUCGCGUUUAUCGCAGCAACACGUGCAGCAGCAAGGACAACACUAUGCACGACAAAUGCAACAACAGGCUCAACAACAACAAGUUCAACGCACCCUGCCACCCCAGCAGCUGCAACACGCUCAUCAAGCAUAUGUUCAAAUGAGGACUUCAGAUGUUGUUCACAAUCCCUACCCGCAUCAUCGACCCCUUUCCGUGCACCCUCCCAUGUUGGUCGGAUGGAGGGGUUCACCGCCGGCGUCUGCACCUCCAGCGUUCGGGACAAGGUCACCCACAGACUCCGCACACAUCCCUCCCCCUCCCGUUUCAGCCCUGAUGAAUCACAACCGCCCACAGCAAUCGUCUCACACCCAUUCGCCGACGUAUCCAUCACAAUCAGGCCAUCGCACUGCAGUACUAGCACCAGCCAUGCCUUUCAAUACGCACUCUAAGUCGUAUCCCCCACCCCCGCUGUCACGUCCUACUCUAUCUGUAGAUCUGCCCAAGGAAGACGAAAGAAUGACAGAACAACAAGAUAGAUGUGGACGUAUUGAUCAGUCCAGCGGUCUAAAACGCCCAAAUUCUGCCGUGGAUGGUGCACUGGCGCAGGAUAUCGAGCUGGUCAAGAGACUAAGGACCGCACAGCCCCCUGAGACACCUGAGGAUGUUACCUUCGACGUGAAGCCUGAGCCAGAAACAGCCUCUCCAGACACUGUAGUUGGUUCCAACCCAACUUCACCAGUUUCACCCUCGCCUCCUGCACCACUUGCUCAAGAAAAGAAUGACGCCACCUCAGCAGGCCAAGCGGGCAUUCAAAACGACGAGGUUGCGAUUGCGGCCACGCCUUCAGACACCGUAGUUCCUUCCAAUCCAACUUCCCCGAGUUCCGUCACACCAUCACCUGCUGAAGAAAAUAUGGUUAGCUCACCGAGUGGGGAUAAUCUGCGAUCUUUCAAAGACUGCGUCCACAUGAUUUAUGAGCCAGACGCUGAAGUAGCCAAUGGAUACUUCUGUGGUAGAUGCCUUGAUCGCUAUGAAUCAAAGAUGUUAACCGAACUUCCGGAUGUGUUAGUGAAUCCAAAAUUCGAAGACCUCUUGAUGCACUGUAUGCAGGAACACCCCUACGAUCUGGGAGGAUCUUCGCCAUAAGAAAGACCUCGAGGCACUGCCCUCGUGACUCUCUUUACUGUGCAGCGAUCACCUUUCAUGUCUCUAUACUAGUACGUCUCGUGCAUAUUGUUAUUAUAC